UUUUAUUUUACUAUGCAAAGUUCUACAAGCUCUAACGAAUUAAUUUACGGAGGAGCCAGUUCCGCUUAUGGUCCAGAAGAAGCCUCUCACGUUAUGUCAGACAAAGUUCAAGCAAUUGCUUCUGCAGUUUACAAAGAAUUUGAAUCGAUGAUUCAAAAAUUUGGACAGGAGAGUGUUAAGGAUUUAAUGCCAUUAGUUGUUAACGUUCUCGAAAAUUUGGAUUCUGCUUUUUUGGAGAAAGACGAACUUGCUGUGGACAAUGAAAUGUUAAAAGAAGAAAAUGAACAAUUAUUGAACCAAUAUGAAAGGGAAAGGCAAAUGAGAAAGAGUCAAGACCAGAAAUAUUUGGAAGUGGAAGAAUCACUUUUGGAGCAAAAUCGUGAACUUGAAAAUAAAGUUGGUAGUAUGGCUAGUAUUGUUAGAAUGUUGGAAUUGAAGACAAAAAAUGCUUGUGAUCACGGUAAAUGUUUUUAUUUUUAG